GCUGUCAGUUCGCCCAUCCCUUUGCCCGAAGAAGUUGCUGGGAUUAAAGUGACAAUGAAGUUUGAUACAAUAUUAGAACAUUUGGGGGAGUUUGGCCCCUAUCAGAAACGCAUGUACCUGAUGGUGUGCAUACCUGCCAUCACGUGCGCCUUUCAGUCGCUGUUACCUGUAUUUACCAUGGCUUUUCCGAAUUUCAGGUGUGCAGUUCCAGGAUUGGCCAAUGAUACCUACCAGAGCCAAGGUCAAGGUCAUGGCAUGACAGUGAACGGCAGUAUCCCCUGGGAACGCAAUGACGACGGCGUAGCGACUUUGUCACAGUGCAACGUGUACAAGAACUUGACAGCUGGCAACCAGACACAAGAGUGUACAUCCUGGGUGUACGACAAAACCACCUUCACUUCCACAACCCAGUCAGAAUUCAACAUUGUGUGUGAUAACAAGGGAUGGCGAGCCACAUCUAACUCCAUAGCUUUUGCGGGUAGGCUGACCGGGGCGUUCGUGUUCGGUUUGUCGUCGGAUUUGUUUGGUCGGAAAAUAACGUUCUUUUUAGGUGUGUUACUCCACUCUGCUUGUGGUAUCGGAAUAGCCUUUUCUCACAAUAUGAUGACCUUUAACGCCUUGAGGUUCACCGAGGGCAUGGCUGAUUCCGGUCUCUACAUGGUGGCAUAUGUCAUAGGGAUGGAGUUUAUAGGACCAUCAAAGCGAGUGAUUGCAGGAAUGGUCAUUGACCUGUUUUGGUGUCUUGGUUUGUUCAUCCUCGGCGCCGUUGCCUAUUUUCUGCGAGACUGGCAACAUUUGCAGCUGGCUCUCUCUGCCCCUUCAGCACUGAUGCUAAUAAUGUGGUGGUUUAUUCCCGAGUCUCCACGAUGGCUGAUGUCACGUGGGAGGGAUGCUGAAGCUGAAAUGAUAAUCCGGAAGGCGGCGGAAGUGAAUGGCGUUGAUCUUCCUCCCUCCGUAUUUACCAAAUCAAGCACUGAGAAGAACCAGCCUCAAGGCAAAGUGUGGGAAAUGUUCACAACGCCACGUCUCCUCGUCAGAUGUCUCAUCGUCUUCUUUAACUGGCUUGUAGUCAGCAUGGUGUACUACGGUCUCGGACUGAACGUACAAAACCUCAGCGGAGACAUCUACCUCAACUUCACCAUCGCUAACAUCAUGGAGACUGUAGCUUACGUCCUAUGCAUCAUCCUGCUCGACCGUACCGGAAGGAAGAAACUGCAUUGUGGGAGUAUGAUGCUGGGUGGCAUAGCGUGUCUGGCGACUAUAUUCCCUGUUGUGUAUGGCGAUAACUCUCACGUGUGGAUUACAACAGCACUAUCAAUGAUUGGGAAACUCGGUGCUUCUGCAGCGUUUGCCGUCAUAUACGUAUUUUCUGCCGAACUGUUUCCAACUGUAGUGCGAAACUCUGCGAUGGGCGUCAACUCCGUAUUUUCAUCUGUUGGAGGAGUUAUCUCCCCCUAUAUUGCAGAUCUGGGCAUCCUUCUCGGGGGCAACCUAAAGACAGUACUUCCGCUGAUUGUUUUCGGAGCUGUUAGUGUUUGUGCGGGACUUCUUUCACUUCUACUUCCGGAAACCAGACGCCAACAACUCCCCGAAAAUAUCGAGGAUGCCAAAACAUUUGGAAAAGCCAACAACAACCAUGGACCACAUCGAAAUACGCUGGGUGACUCGUACACAGAUGGAACUCAAGACAAGUUCAAGCAAGGAGACAGUGAAACCUGCUUUAACUUACAAGGUAGUGACGUCAUAGACGUCACACUAAAAUGGUCUAAAUGAAUCCUGAGAUCCAUGGCCAUGCACCAGUUUGUAUGGAAAUCAGACCGGGCUUUCAAACCCAAUGGACAUUGCUCUUCAUUCACAUAUAAUACGAUUCUAUAAAGGUGAAACUCUGUCGCGUUUUCAAUUCAGUUUGGAUGACUCUUGACAUGCCUUCCAGUUACUUUGAAAUUCUACUUCCUUGAUUAAAUG